GAUGUAAUGCACAAAGCAAUACGAUAGCUGCUGAAAGGGAUACUUGGCAGUGGCGAGACGCAGCGUUUUCACAUGAAGGUUAGCGCCUUAAGGAGUAAAGGAGACGGGUCUUCCCUUUUCCUUUCAUUUUACAGAAUCCGCAACAGCUAGACAAUGCCUUUGCAGAACCAGUUUUAUCAUCGUUAUUGUGCUAGAAAUGCGGAAAAAUCAUGCACUGAAUUUAUAACGUUAACCCAUUUGCAUGCCCUUUUUGUUGGUUUACAAAAAUUAAACUAUGGAGUCCUGGUGUCUGCCGCUUCCACUACUAUUGCUUUGACCUCAAGUGAACUUAACGGUUCCUACUGCCUUCUACAUCAUUCAUAGUAACCGUUCUGAACUCUCUCCGUACACGGUUAAGUACUAUCUAUAGUUUCUCUUCUACGCUAGCGCGACGAAAGGCAAGCCAUGACGUGCCAUAACGAUCUUAUUAGAGCAUGACGUUAUGCUCAGUAAGCUUAAGAGGCUGCUUAAAGCGAUAGAUAUCUUGGAAAGUGCCCUGCUAAUCGGGAAAAAAAUCGACAACAACACCAACUUCAAGAAAGCACUACUCGAGUACAGUGGUAAGCACAUGGCCUUUGUAAUCUGCUAUAGUUAAGAUGCUUUUAACAUUAUUGUUAUUUUUUAUCAUUGUUAUUUUGUAUAAUGUCAAAUGUUAUCAUACCUUUUAAGUACGUCUUGCUGCUUAGAUUACUACACAAUUCACAUAUGUAUGUAAACGCUCGCUGAUUUACCUGGA